AUGCUGCGACAAUUUGCGGCGAGGUUGCAGCCGCGGGCGGCAAAGGCCCAGGGAACGACGAGGCUGCUGAGUGGGCAUAGCUUUGGUGGUCUCAAGACGAAGGUGCCGAGACGGUCUUUGGCGACGGUGGCUGUGGAGGGGAUACCAAAGGAACUCACAGAAUUGGACGAAAUCACAACGCUACCGAAUGGACUGCGGGUUGCUUCAGAAGCUCUGCCGGGCUCGUUUUCCGGAGUCGGAGUAUACAUCGAAGCUGGCUCUCGAUUCGAAAAUGACUCCCUGCGAGGCGUAUCCCACAUCAUGGACCGGUUAGCUUUCAAAUCCACCUCGAAGCAUACAGCAGACGAAAUGCUCGGCCGCGUGGAAACCCUCGGCGGAAACAUCCAAUGCGCAUCUUCACGCGAGAGCAUGAUGUACCAGGCCGCCACGUUCAACAACGCGGUGCCGGAGACGGUUGCGCUGCUGGCGGAGACGAUUCGCGAUCCGAGCAUCACGGAGGAGGAGGUGGCCGAGCAGAUUGAGACUGCGCGGUAUGAGAUUGCGGAGAUUUGGAGCAAGCCCGAGUUAAUUCUGCCGGAGUUGGUGCAUACUGCUGCGUUUAAGGAUAAUACGCUGGGGAACCCGCUGCUGUGUCCGGAGGAAAGGCUGGAGAGCAUUGACAGGAAUACGGUGAAGCUGUAUAGAGAGCUGUUUUACCGGCCGGAGAGAAUGGUGCUGGCGUUUGCGGGGGUGGAUCACGGCACUGCGGUGAAGUUGGCGGAAGAGCACUUUGGAGGUAUGAAUGCGCUGCCGAGGACGGGCUCAGAAACGAGCGUGAGCUCUCUUGCUAGCGACGCAUCAGCAUCAUCUUCCUCUUCAUCAUCAUCAAACUCAUCGUCACGAUUAAUGUCCAAGAUUCCCCUCUUCAAGAACAUCUCCACGUCUACGCCCCGCAACGCCUCUGUUCUCUCCUCUCCCUCAGAUAUCGACAUCAACCAGCCUGCUCGGUACACGGGCGGUUUCCUCUCUCUCCCUCCUCAGCCGCCUUCCCUUACCGGCACAAACUUUACACACAUUCACCUUGCGUUUGAGGGACUGCCUGUUGCUUCAGACGACAUCUAUGCGCUAGCGACACUCCAGACGCUGCUCGGUGGAGGAGGAUCCUUUUCUGCCGGUGGCCCAGGCAAAGGCAUGUACUCCCGCCUGUACACCAACGUGCUCAACCAGCACGGCUGGGUGGAAUCGUGCGUCGCCUUCAACCACUCCUACACUGACUCGGGCCUGUUCGGCAUUGCGGCAUCCUGUCUGCCCGGCCACACGUCGGCCAUGCUGGACGUCAUGUGCCAGGAGUUGCGCGCGCUGACGCUCGAACGGGGCAUCUCGAAGCUGCAGGAGGGCGAGGUGGCGCGCGCCAAGAACCAGCUGCGGUCGUCGCUGCUGAUGAACCUGGAAAGCCGCAUGGUGGAGCUGGAAGACCUAGGCCGGUCGGUGCAGGUGCACCGGCGCAAGAUCCCCGUGCGGGAGAUGUGCCGGCGCAUUGAGAACUUGACGGUGAAGGAUCUACAGCGUGUGGCGAGCAUGGUGAUGGGCGGCGCGGUGAAGAAUAUUGGAGGGGGCAGUGGUGCACCGACGGUGGUGGUGCAGGAGGCGCAGGCGUAUGGGGUGACGACACAUGCGAUGACAUGGGAUCAGAUUCAGGAUCGGAUUGAUGGGUGGAAGUUGGGGAAGAGGAGCUGA